GCUCUUCGUUUCUUUCCUCUCUCUCGCGCCCAGGCGACGAUCAGGGUAUCGUAUCUCGUCUCCUCUUGUUCGAUAGCUUGAUUGCGCUGCAUUGCAACAGCAUGCUGGCGGUGUAGCUCUGCUCGAUCGAUUGCUGGUGAGGCGCGCGAUUGGGGUAUUUCUUACCGGAUCUUGGGGCUCCAGCGAGAAUGGUGGCUCCGGUGGCAUCGACGCCUGGUGUUCACUAUGCCCCAGAAGACCCAACUCUCCCUCCUCCAUGGAAGGCCCUGGUGGACGAAGAGACUGGAUAUCUCUACUACUGGAACACGCAGUCCAACGAGACGACGUAUGUGAAGCCAGUCUCUUCCAGCGGUGCUCCAGGAUUUUCCGUGAAUGGUUCGACUUUUCAAGAGAGCUCGAUGGCGAAUGGUCACGUCAAUGGAAGCAAUGGUUCUCUGUACGGGAGUAAGGUUGCCGAGCAGCCAAAACUAGCAGCGCUUUCGAUGUUUGGAGGACAGUCACAGGUUGUAAAUGGAGGCUCAAACGCUGCCUUGGUGCCGGGUGCGCUGGGUGGCUACAAGCGGAAUGCUGACAAUUUUGACUACAAUGGUCGGGAUGCCUACAAGCGCCCUCGGACUCAAACGACGGCAUCACCGUUUGACGUCGAUUCUUACAGGAGACAGCACGAGAUAACCAUCGUGGGAACCAACGUUCCAGCACCGUUCAUAACUUUCGAAUCGGCAGGUCUUCCAGAUGAAGUCUUAAGAGAGGUUCAACUUGCCGGGUUUACGGCACCUACACCUAUACAAGCCCAAUCCUGGCCUAUAGCUCUGAAUGACCGUGACAUUGUAGCUAUUGCAAAGACGGGGUCUGGAAAAACGCUGGGGUACUUGCUGCCAGCAUUUAUGCACUUAGAGCGACGAAGGAACAACCCACGAUCGGGCCCAACAGUACUCGUUCUCGCCCCAACGCGAGAAUUAGCUACUCAAAUACACGAGGAGGCUGUCAAGUUCGGGAGGUCCUCCAGGAUUACGAGCACGUGCGUUUAUGGUGGUGCUUCCAAAGGCCCCCAGCUACGCGAUAUCGAACGGGGAUGCGACAUUGUUAUCGCUACUCCAGGAAGGCUGAACGACUUUUUGGAAAUGAGGAGGAUCAGUUUGAGGCAGGUCUCCUACCUGGUCCUGGAUGAAGCGGAUCGCAUGCUCGACAUGGGAUUCGAGCCCCAGAUUCGCAAAAUCGUGAAUGAGGUGCCUGUUCAGAGACAAACGCUUAUGUACACAGCGACGUGGCCGAAAGAAGUGAGAAAGAUUGCUGGCGACUUGCUUAUGAAUCCCAUCCAGGUGAACAUUGGAAAUACAGACGAUCUAGCUGCAAACAAGGCUAUCACUCAGUGCGUAGAAGUUGUCUCGCCUCAAGACAAAGCGCGAAAGCUGGAGCUGAUUCUUCGGACUCAAGAGCCUGGGUCCAAGAUUAUCAUAUUCUGCUCAACAAAGCGAAUGUGUGAUCAACUAGCUCGCUCACUGCGCAGAGAUUUUGGUGCUGUGGCCAUUCAUGGUGACAAAUCACAGGGCGAACGAGACUGGGUCCUUUCGCAGUUCAAAGCUGGAAAAUCGCCUGUUCUUGUCGCUACCGAUGUCGCAGCAAGAGGGCUAGAUAUCAAAGAUAUCAGAGUUGUCAUUAACUACGACUUUCCCACCGGUGUGGAGGACUACGUCCACCGCAUUGGUCGGACCGGCCGAGCUGGUGCCACUGGCCUGGCUCACACUUUUUUUGCCGAGCAAGACGGGAAGUACGCUAGGGACUUGAUCAAAGUCCUCGAGGGUGCGAACCAGAAAGUCCCACCGGAGUUGAGAGAGAUGGCACUUCGAGGCGGUUUUGGAAAGCCUCGCCACAACCGCUGGGAGUCCGGCGGUGGCCGAGGAGGCGGAGGAGCCCCGGCCAACAGCUUCUAUGGUAACAGGCGAGCAAGCUCUUGGGGUGGUGGCGCGGCUGCUGCUACUGCGCCACUUGCAAGGUUUCCUGUUGCCAACAACGGCGCUAUCGGCUUCGAGAACGGGGACGUUUACAGGAGGGGCUAUGGAGAGAGGAUCUCUUCCGGGAAGCGGAGCUACAGCAGGAGCCGGAGCCGGAGUCCCAAUGCUCGUCGGAGCCGCGGACGAAGCCGGUCUCCUCCUGGUGGAGCUCACGGGCGAUUCCCGGAAGGCUAUGGAGUCGCCAACGAUGGUGGCUCCGGCUGGUAGGCGAGAUCCAUCUCUCCCACGAUUCGAUCGAUUUUGUUCGCUCGUUGGUGGUUUCUAGCUAGCAGCAGGGACGCAAACGCAGCGGCUGAUUUCUUUUGAGAACCAAAGAGAGUUACGAGAAAACGAGAGAAGAAUAAGAGCGCGCCAAAAGUUUUGAUUUGAAAUUCGAAUAUUCG